AUGGUUAUCUUUGAUUUCAAGUCCGACAAGCACUUUGUUGCUUCCUCGGACCGAAUCACCCUUCAAGUCUAUGAGUUGACAAACCCUAAUGUCAAUCCUUCCUCCCUUCGAAAGAAUCAUUGGAAGGAAGUCGCCACCAUCACUGCCCGUGAUGACUCGGAGGAGGAAUCCUUCAGCGGUCUGAUGUUCUUCGAUGGUCACGGGAAGACCGAGGGGCGGGAGGCGUUGACCAAGCUGGCCCAACACCUCUAA